UGUAAGUUGUAAAGUAGAGUUAGGAAUUAGGGUGUUGAAAAGGAGGACUUUGAAGUGAAGAAAAAGGUGAUAAGUGUGCCCAGGAGCACAAACCCGGUCGGGUCAGACCAUGCACCCGGUCGGGUCUGAUGUAAAAUCCGAAACUGCCUGGAAAAUCAUCAGACCCGGUCGGGUCCCCUACUUGACCCGGUCGGGUCAGACUUGACCCGGGACACCAGAACGUGCCGAAGAUCGCCAGAACGUGAAGGAUAUCUGAUUUUGACCGGACCCGGUCGGGUAAGCACCUAACCCGGUCGGGUACCCGGCCCAAGGUGUUGAAAAACACCUAUAAAUAGCCCCAUUUUCCUUCACAAAGAAUCACUCCUUCUUCCAUACUCUUAAGCUCAACUUAGAAUAGUAUUUCUUUUAUAUUUUUUUUAGCAUGUUUAGUCUCCAAAUGAGGAGCUAAACUUCCAUUUCUUGGUGUUGCUCUUGAAGUUUGUUGAUUAUUAAAGUUAGGAUAUGGUCCGGGCUAUUGCUACCAACAUGACCACCAUGCAAAACAACAUGGUGCAAUUCCAAAAUGAGACCAAGUCUAGCAUUUCAAACUUGGAAACUCAAAUGAUUCAAAUAGCCGGAGCCGUGAGUAGGCUUGAAGCAAGGGAUUCAGAAAAACUUCCUUCUCAAAUAGAAUGUGAUCCUAAACAGCAAACUUUUGCAAUCACAUUGACAAAUGAAAAGGAAAUGCAAAAGGAGAUCCAGAAUCCAGAAGAAGUAGAAGAAGUAAAAGAUACGGAGCUCCAACUGGUCAAAGAAGAGGAUAAGCCGAGCUUCAAAUUCAAAUUUUUGUCAUUGUCAUCCUUUGAGGUAUCUCCAUCAUUUCUGGAAGCUUUAAGAGAAACUCAUAAACUUGAAAAGGACAAUGACAUUUCCGAAAUCUUCUUCAAAAUUGAGGGGUCGAAAAACUUUUCAUUGACCAUGCUAAACGAUAGUUUCUUCCCCUCCCU